GUUAGCACCUGCACAUUAUGCUCUGUGUGUGUCAGUGUGUUUGAGAGAGAGAGAGAGAGAGAGAGACUCCCUCCCCUUGUUCUCUCUCCAGCUCCACUUCCAGCUGUUGCUGCAUUCCUCCAAACGUCGCAGUUGGCUGAAGGCCGCCGGCUUUUUACGUUUGUGUACGUUUGGAGCGUGUGUGCGUUUGUAUGUGCCGGUGUGUGUGAAUGUGACAGAUGAUUUAAAGUAUCUCCUAGGCAAUCCACAGGUUGCUCAUGCUGCACAGGGAAUGUUUUCGCUGUCAAGAAAGAGACUGUGAUCACAGCAAAGGCAGCAGUGACAGAAUAUUUUCGGGAUCUUGGAGCAGUUGCGUAAUUGCGUCCUUUUCUGCACAAUGACACAAGUGGCCUGUCCCGCUUCAAUAAUGGACUCUGAGAUGAUGUUCCAACCUGAGUCAGAUCAGAUGUCACCAGUUGAACCCAAAUCUCCACCUCUGGACCUAAUUGACACAGGGAAGGGGCUGAAGGUCCAGACAGCCACGCCUCAUCUGGUGAGCCUGGGCAGCGGGAGGCUCAGUGUAGCAAUCACCUUGCUGCCACUAAAAGAAGGGGUGACCCGCAUAGGCCGAGAAGAUGCUCCUAUUCCUCAAGAUAUCACUAUCCAGGGUUCUGGCAUCGAGGCAGAGCACUGUGUCAUCAUUAAUGAAGGAGGGGUGGUGACCCUGGACCCCUGUGGUCACCUCUGCAGUCUGGAUGGAGUACAGGUCACUGUGCCCACACCACUCACACAGGGUUAUUCCUUGUGUCUGGGUAAGUCCUAUUUCUUCCGGUUCAACCAUCCUGAGGAGGCAAGCAGAAUGAAGAGCAUGCUUCCACAAAAGAGCCCUGUGUCAGCUUUAGCCUAUAACACAGACUACCUAAAGUUCAGCAGUGACUAUAGCCAUGCGGUGGUGGGCGGCAGCAGCAGUUCUAGGGGCAUGCGAUCUGCCUCCGAGCUCCAGGACUUGAUGGACACCCUGCAGCGCAAGAAGAUUGCCCUGGAGAACAGCCUGAGAGCCAACGGGAAUGCAAACUCCUCCUACUUCAGCGUGACACAGUCUCCUCCCACCACACCUAUCACAAGUCCUGCUACAUCCUCAUCAGCCUAUCAGGACCAGGCAAGGCGUUUCUAUGGCUCAGAUCGUGCGCCAUUGUCUUUGAAAUCUGGACGACGAUCCGACCCUUCUUCUUCAGUCAGUCGCAACAAAGACAAGUUCGGCAUUGGCGAUAGCCGGCGGCUACAAAACCUGGGCUCAGCUUCUUUACUGUCCACAUGGAAUGGCGGAGGCUCUUCCGUUUCUGUUGAUGGUAGCAAUAGCUUACUCCUCUCUCUUCCUCCUCCCUCCUCCUCAUCUCGCACUCCAUCAACAGGAGGUGCAGCCAGCAUGCCAUCAAGCCCCCGUCUUGGCCGCCGUAGCAAUGGCAACCAAGAGCCAUCGCCCAGCAAUAGAACCAGGAAAUACUCAGCAGGCUCGCUAAGUGGGAUGAUGGGAGGAGGGCACAGUCGCUCGCUGCCACGCCUCUGCCCCUCCCAAUCUCCCCAUCAAAACAACAACGGAGUCCUGACCUUGUCAACGCUGCCGCCACGGCGAUCUGAUGUUGCUGGCAGUUACAAAUUUAGCAAAGACCAUUACAACAACAGCCAGAAUGCCAGCCCUGACCUCAACUAUAACUCUAGUAACUCCAGCCAGCUUUCCUCCAACAGGAAUCAAAUGCAGACCAAAAAACAGGGAGAAAGUGUUGUGUCAAUCUCCCUCUCCUCCCCUAAGAUUUUGCCCUCAGUUACUCCCUCUACCUCUUCCACAGCCGCCCCACCUGAUGUGACCAUCCCAUCCAGGACGGGGGGCUCCUCUUCUCCUCGUGUGGCCAAAAAACUUAGCCUGACCUCCACUAGCUCUGUGGGCUCCAUCAGCUCCACGAGCUCCAGCCCACCAGAGUUGCAACGGCUGGCUAGCCGUGGAGUCUCCCCAGGAGAAGGCCUGUCUUUGGGGGAGAGGGAGAGGCGAGGGGUAGCCGCUGGUGCCCUGGGACUUGGACUUGGAGAGAGGAGAUCUUCAUUUGGGAAGGCAGGGCUGGAACCUGGGAUGGGGCUGGGCGAGAGGAGGCAGUCAUUUGGAAAGGCAGGAGUGACCCCACCUGGAGGUUUCAGGGAAAGAAGGGGGAGUAUCAGCUCACUGAGUGGGAAGGAGGAAUUGACCGACUACCACCAGCACCAAAAAGAGGAAAGACUCCGUGAGCAGGAGGUGGAGAGACUGGAGCGACAGCGGCUAGAGACCAUCUUGUCUCUGUGUUCGGAGCUGGGCUGGUCUGAGAAAGAUGGAGGUGGCACAGCUACAGGUCCCACUUCAGCUGCGGUGGAUCUCCAUAAGAUCAACCAGGAGCUUCAGAAGCUUCAACUGAACGACGACGACGAUGACGACACACCUUCGGUCUUUUCCGACUCUUCAGCUGUUAAUGGAGCGACGGGGAAUGGACACAUGCUCUCCCCUGGAUCAGAGAAUGGUUACUACGAUGAUGAUCUACAGGCACGACGGAGGCGCAGCAGUGGUCACCGAGACAACAGGGCCGAAUCACCCGCUAUCAGUCUGCGAAGCUUCGCCCCCUCGCCUUCUCCACGCACACAGAGGACCAAUGAGGCUCUAGAAGAUGCAGCCCGUCGCCGCGGACAGGAAGCAAGGCCUUCAGAGCAGGAAGUGAGGCGUGCUGAAGAGGAGAGGAUCCAGGUGCUGAACAACAUGGAGGAGCUGGAGCAUAAGAUCAAAGAGCUGGACAACCAAAUGGAGGAAUCUGCCCAAGAGGUGGAGCUAGAGCGAGCUCUGGUGGAGGCUGAGCAGGAGUCAGAAGUAGCUGCUCUCCAGCAGGAAAAAGAUGCUCUGGAAGCACUUCGCAACAAGAUGGCUGACCUAGAGACCAAGUCCCAGCGGGAAAAAGAAAAGGCGUGCGAGUUGCUACAGGCAGAAAAGGGCAGAGUAGAGAGGUUGGCUCAGAUUGUGUGUGAGCAGCGCUCCCAGCUGGACAGCUGCCCUGAGGCCACCAAGGAGCCCCUGCAGGAGCAGCUGGCCAGGGACUGUGAGGUGCUCGAUGCAGAGUCAAAGCGUUUUGAGGACCUGGAGUUCCAGCAACUGGAAAGAGAGAGCAGGCAGGAUGAGGAGAAGGAGACCCAUACGCAACAGCUUCUCCGGGAGAUUGCAGACUACCAGCGGAGCACUGUCACUCGCAAGGAGCGACUGUUAACUCUAAAGAAGCAGGCAGCACAGAUUACCCAGCAGGCUCAGCGAGAGAAGGAGAGCUUCUUGAAGGAGAGGAGCACCCUCGAAGCAAUGCUGCAAAGGGAGAAAGAAAACCUCAUCAUGCUGGAAAGGAAAUAUGCUGACCUCACUGGUGGCCGAGAUUUCACUCUAAGAGAGGGCUAUGUCACAGUCAGUGAAAUCAAUGAGCUUUACUCACAGCUUGGGGGAGACCCUAAGCCCGCCCCCACUCUGGCCAAUAUCUCUCCUGAGUCCGAGGCAAACCCCUCCCGUGGCGACGACACCCCCAAACCACCGGAGGACGAGCAUUUCCGAUUGCUGGAAGAGAGGAAAAGGUCUGAGAGAGAAGGUGGCUUCCAUCUAAGUGACACAUUACCCAGGAAGAAAACCACACCCAUCAUGACCCCCCAGUUCACGUGUGCAACACUGGGGCGCAGCUUCCCUACCAAGUCCCAUCAUCCCCUGGUACAGAGCACAAGUUGUGGCAGCAUUCUCCCAAGAAUGUUCUCCUUUUCCAACAAGGAAACUGAAUCUCGACGUCUGCAUAAAGGUCAGCCUGGCUCCCGAGCAGCUUCCCAGACCAACGUCUACCUCGAUGCCUUCGGGUACCGUGACAACCAGGCCUUUGACACAAUGAGUGUGGAUAGUACCGACUCCAUUGAAACCAGCAUCUCUGCUUGCUCACCUGAUAAUGUCUCCAGUGCCAGUACUUCAAAUAUGGCCAAGUUAGAGGAGAUGGAGCGUCUGCUGAGAGAAGCCCAGGCAGAGAAGAGCCGCCUCCUUGAACACAAGGAGCAAGAGAUGGAAGUGCGAAAUCAGGCGCUGGAUGAGGAGAGAAAAAGAAGGGAGGACCUGGAGAAAAGGCUACAGGAGGAGACGAGCAGACGCCAGAAACUCAUCGACCGGGAGGUGAAACUGCGGGAGAAACAGCGGGCACAGUCUCGGCCGCUAACACGGUACCUGCCGGUGCGAAAGGACGAUUUUGACUUGCGGGCUCACAUUGAGUCGGCGGGCCACAGCCCAGACACGUGCUUCCACUUAUCCAUCUCUGAAAAGACCUGCCGUGGCUACUUGAUUAAAAUGGGAGGCAAAAUCAAAACCUGGAAGAAACGCUGGUUCGUCUUUGAUCGUAACCGACGCACGCUCUCCUACUAUUCAGACAAGCAUGAAGCCAAGCUGAAAGGAGUCAUCUACUUCCAAGCUAUUGAAGAAGUGUAUUAUGAUCACUUAAAGAAUGCACAUAAGAGCCCAAACCCCUCGCUGACCUUCAGUGUAAAGACUCAUGACAGAGUCUACUACAUGGUUGCUCCCUCUCCUGAGGCCAUGAGGAUCUGGAUGGAUGUGAUUGUCACGGGCGCUGAGGGCUAUACGCAGUUCAUGGUGUAGUGAAGGAGCGGGACACGCCAACGGGCUACGACUCUUUGUGGCUUUAAGGACUACGUUUUCUAUUCUUUUAUUUUUUUUUUUUUAUCCUUGGAUUUUUACUUGUCCGGAUGGAUGUUAUUGUCAUCUAUGCUGAAAAAUGAACACCGUUUCUGUUGUGUAGAGACAGCAGCAUGAGUUUCUCAAGGUAAUUUUGCAAGGGUUUAUUUGCCUUAUUUGCAAGAUGGGGAGGGUUUACAGUCGUAUGUUGAGCAUUCAUGUGAAAUUGUAGACAUAUACCAGAUAAUAAUUUGAAAAUUGUUAGGCAAUCGGGUUCAAUCCCAGAGACGUAAUGACGUUCAGGAGAACUGAAAUGUGCUAUGGUGCACCACUGUGCCUUGGAGUGAGUUCAGGCAUACCUCAAGGUUUUGCUAAACUGUAAAAGACAUGCAUGUUAAAAAUACAGUAUAUUUGAUUUGAGCUGUUACAACCAUAGACUGUAAAAAAUAGUCUGAUUACAACCCAUUUUCUUCAGAGACGAGCAGACUGGUACUCAACAGCUCCUUUCUAGCUAUAAGAAGCUUUUUACAGAGGAUUUUGUUUUAGAUACUAUUGGAAGAAUUGAUGUGGAGAGAACCAGUUUGAGCUCUAUAUUAUGCCAUUAUCAACGUGUUAUCAUUAACAUCAACUAGGAAUACAUAAGUUGUGUUUAGAAAUGCCUAAACAAUUGUAACAUGUCAUGGAAGAACUUGUAGCCAAUUUUUGCGAUGGCUGUAUUCAUUUCUAGACUGUUUCAAGUGUGUUCAAUCACUUUUUACACAAUACAUUUUGGCUAGUAAAAUUAGUUGCAAAUGUAUUUUUAAUUUUCAACAUUUUUUCAUCUUGAUUUUAAUUUUAUGUAUGAUUACUGGGGCAUUCUGAGGUCUUAACUGUGUGAAUGGAUGUGCAUGCAUGUAUCAUGUGAUCAUGUGCUAAGAAGUGCCUGUUUUGUGUGGAUACUCUAUGUACACCUAUAUUUACUGCAAACUUGUAAUGUAGCUCCAUGGUGCUAUUCUUACACAUCAUGAGUCAUUUCAAAAAAAAUAUAAUAAAAAAAAAGUAUUACUGUGCUGGGUUUACAAUUAGGGCUGCGUAUUGGCAAGAAUCUUGUGAUACGAUACAUAUCACGAUACAUGGGGCACAAUUCAAUAUAUUGCAAUAUAUUUCAAUACUGUG